UUACCUUGCUGGGUGUCCUGAGCCCAGGCAGGGAAGUAGACACACCUCCCUAGGAGCCAGCAAGAGGGGAGGUGCUACUGAGGAGCAGGUUGACAUGACCAGAACGGCCUCUGGCUGCAAGGUAAUAUCGGAAGCUGACUAAGAAUGGACGCCCCACCACUGACUGACCCGCCCCCGGAGUCUGAGAUUGGAUCUCAGGCCCAUGGCGACCUGCCCUGUCCUGCAGAAGGAGACGCUGUUUCGCACAGGAGUCAACGCUUACAGAAUUCCUGCUCUGCUCUACCUGAAGAUGCAGAAGACCCUCCUGGCCUUUGCGGAAAAGCGAGCCAGCAAGACGGAUGAGCACGCAGAGUUGAUUGUCCUGCGAAGAGGAAGCUAUAACGGAGCCACCAACCGUGUCAAGUGGCAACCUGAGGAAGUAGUGACCCAAGCCCAGCUGGAAGGCCACCGUUCCAUGAAUCCAUGUCCCUUGUAUGACAAGCAAACAAAGACCCUCUUCCUUUUCUUCAUCGCUGUCCCUGGGCGUGUAUCAGAACAUCAUCAGCUCCAGACUAGGGUUAAUGUCACACGGCUGUGCUGUGUCAGCAGCACUGACCAUGGGAGGACCUGGAGCUCCAUCCAGGACCUCACAGAGACCACCAUUGGCAGCACUCACCAGGAAUGGGCCACAUUUGCUGUGGGUCCUGGGCACUGUCUGCAGCUGCGGAACCCAGCUGGGAGCCUGCUGGUACCUGCUUAUGCCUACCGGAAACUGCACCCUGCCCAGAAACCCACCCCCUUUGCCUUCUGCUUCAUCAGCCUUGACCAUGGGCACACAUGGAAACUAGGCAACUUUGUGUCUGAGAAUUCACUGGAGUGCCAGGUGGCUGAGGUUGGCACUGGAGCUCAGAGGAUGGUAUAUCUCAAUGCUAGGAGCUUCCUGGGAGCCAGGGUCCAGGCACAAAGUCCGAAUGAUGGUCUAGAUUUCCAGAACAACCAGGUAGUGAGUAAGCUUGUAGAGCCCCCCCACGGGUGUCAUGGAAGUGUGGUUGCCUUCCACAACCCCAUCUCUAAGCCACGUGCCUCAGACACAUGGCUGCUUUAUACACACCCUACAGACUCCAGGAAUAGGACCAACCUGGGUGUGUACCUCAACCAGAUGCCACUAGAUCCCACAGCCUGGUUAGAGCCCACCCUGCUGGCCACGGGCAUCUGUGCCUACUCGGACUUACAGAACAUGGGGCAAGGCCCUGAUGGCUCCCCACAGUUUGGGUGUCUGUAUGAAUCAGGUAACUAUGAAGAGAUCGUUUUCCUCAUAUUCACCCUGAAGCAAGCUUUCCCCACUGUAUUUGAUGCCCAGUGAUCUCAGUGCAUGUAGCCCAAAGGGCUUCCUUGUGCUUGAAAACACCCAUCUCUCUUUGCUUCCAGCAUCCUCUGGACUCUUGAGUCCAGCUCCUGGGUACCUUCCUUGGGAGGAUACAGAGAGUUUGGUCUCUUGACUCUCUGUAGGCCUUGUUAUUUCAGCCUCUGCAGUGGGUUCUCUUUUCAGCCCAGAAAUCAAAGGAGCCUGGCUUCCCUCAGCCUGUUGGCAGGGAAGGUGGGGACAGUAUCUAUGGAGGCUGCCAUUCUGCAUGUCGGCUGUCACUAUGCUAGCUUAACCUGCUUGUUUCCCCAUGCCUAGUGUUUGGAUGAGUAUUAAUAAAAUAUCCAACUCAG